AUGGAAGAAGAUCAAAACUGGGGAGUUGCUGGUAGAAGUGUAGGUAGGACUUGCAGUGAGCACCCUUGCAAAAAACGCUUUUGGAGGAAUUGGAAAGAUUUGUCUGGUAUAACUGUCUGCAUCGCAUUCUCUGUAUUGUCUCUUGGAUUUUGCAUUCUCGUUUACCUGAGAACCUCGGAACUUCAGUCCAGGAUCAUAAACCUGGAAAAACAGAGAGAGACGCAGCUCUCCGCGUGGAUCUCACUCGAGCAGGUGGAACCAGUUAUCUUUGGGCGAAUAGAUCAGAUUCUGGAAGAGGUAAGGGUUAUGGCCAAAUUAUUCCAUAUGAAACAUGUAUUUAUCCACAUUCUUACUUUUGUAGGCUUACUUACUGUAGCAUUGUGCAAAUGAAUAGGCUAUAGGUUAUGAAAAAUGUUUUUACACACCUGUGUGGAAACAUAUUUUAAAUUACUAUUUAAUCAUUCCGUUGGUCACGCUACUGAAAAUAUUGAUUAGCCUACUUUCAAAAAAUCAUAUUCUGUAUUUUGUUUACAUGUCUUAUUUUAAAGCGCAUGGAUAGGAUGUGUAGCCUACCACGCAUAAUAUCGAUGUCUCUCACUCAUUCCACAAGUGUUUGAUGCAGUGGCAGUUCCGAUUGGUAUUAGACCAGCUGCUCAUGUUAAUAUGCACGAGAAUAUAAUGUCCAAAGUUAAAAUAAGUUUGUUUAUAAUACUUUUCAACAAUAAAUAUAUUAAUUUGCGGAUACAUAUAUUUGAUUUAAUCACGUGUAGUCUCAUUGGCUACCUGUAGAUUCCGAUGGAUAAACACAUGAAUGGAAAAGCGCGUCACAUCCAUAACACGCUGGCUUUAGUUCAAAGUCUAGUUUUAUCCCUAAAUUGAAAGCGAAUGGGAGGAGAAUUUGCGCCGGUCUUUGGGGCAUCAUCAUGGUUUAGAUAACAGGACUGUGAAUGACCCUGGGAUCACGUCUGUUGUUUUAAAAUCUGCUUUUCAACGCACCCUUGCUCUUUAAUUGACCACUUCCACAGCUAUACCAACAACCUCUUAUCUUGUGAUUGAAGUCCGCAGUGCCCCCGUUUUCCCUUCCCUUGUUUACUUUAGCCUACCUUUAUGUUCCCCUCCACUUUCACUCGGGACAUCAUUGUAAAUGCACUUUUUGUAGAGACAGCAGUGCACCUCAAAGGGGUGCAGAAUAACUUUUUUUUCUCACUGCAAUCAUGGUAACCACAUUCUAUUUUUAGGAUACACAUUUAUGUGUUCCAAUAGAAAAUUAACAACACAGAUUGAAAUCCAAGAUGAACAAGAGAAAAACCUCUCCCAGUGCAUUAGAAAAGAUUGCCUACAGUGAAAGUGAAUAUCAGCUUUUGGAAGUUGCAGACUUGACAUUGUGCAUGUCACAAAUACCCAAGGAUCCUAUAGGUUUGAUACUUAUCCUUAUUGCAGUUAGUGAAUAUCUGCUAUUUAGCAUGGAGCUAGUGGGGCCCUAUAAACAUAAUCUUCCUCCAGUCUUGCUGUUUAGAUCUGUUUAUAUAAAUGCCCGUUAUUAAUGUGAUGGAACAGCAGAUGUGACCACUUCUAGCCGACUGCCUUUGCGUGUUUCACACAACACAUUCCAGAACCUCCAACAGUUUUUAUUAAUUUAGUGCAAGUUGAAAUCCUCUCUGGAAAAUGUAGCUGCACAAGCCUAAAUUAUUACCCACUAUUCACCUUCUGAUUUGAGGAAAUAUGCCGUACAUUAUUGGAUAAUGUUUGUGGUUCAUGUUUUGGUACUCUAACCUUUGUUGCUCGAAUGCAUAUUUCCUGCUCUGGAUCUCGGUAUUGUUCUGAAAAAGCACAGUAGCUGUACAGUAAAAAUUACUUGUGAGGUUCUGUUUCUAUGCAGUUUAAGCCACUCCUGUAGAAAUAGAUUAUUUCUUCCACUGAUUGAAACAUUCCAAAUCCAAUGUCCCAAAAUCAAGAGUCUUGAGAGACACUAAUUCCAAAAAUUAUCUGACUCCCCCUGAACACAUCAUUAUGUCACCCUAAAACUGGCCUGUUCAACGUUAAAGUUGACCACAAAGUGUUCUCCGUAGGCUUGACAGAGGCCUAGUGCACAUUUCUCCCUCUUCAAGCUCGUGUGAGUUUCAGUCCAUAUUCAGAGGUGUAGAAAAGUGAGAAAUAUGGUCUCCCCUUGCCUGGUUUCCUCGCUCUGGUCCCUGCUGAUCUGUCACCCCACAGUGUGUAAACUAGAUGUGGUGUUGAGGUGCUCUGGGCAGCCAGACCAUCGCUGAGCACUGAGCACACAGCCACCUGCCAUUUCUCUGCAUGUAAUCUACUGUUUCAGUUCGAUAGAGCAGAAAGCACCAGCGGCGUAGUGUUGAUAAAAGCUCCAUGUGCUAAUAAGACAGGGUAAUAAAAACAACACACUCUAGGAGAAGUGCCUCUGUGCUUUCUCCAAGUAAAGUUAUAUGAUAGAGUCCAAGCCAUAUACUGUAGGGCUGAGGCCGAGACCAGAGCUCAACCUCUCACAGUGAUUUAGCAGUAAGAGGGUUCAGGUCUCAGUGAAGGAUCAGGGCUGAGACUUCUGUAGAACACAAGUGCAUUUUGGAAUCACUUUACAAUUCUCUUCUUGUAUAUCAAUAUUUUGGAAACCAAGCCAUUUCAAAACAACCACAGGCUCAAAGGAAAAUGUUAUAUAUUGUAGAUGUGCACUCUUAGAACCAAAGGUGCUAUCUAGAACCAAAAAGGGUUAUUCAGCUGUCCCCAUAGGAGAAACCUUUUAAAGAACCCCUUUUGGUUCCAGGUAAAACCCUUUUGGGUUCCAUGUAGAACCCUUUCCACAGAGGGUUCAGCAUGGAACCCAAAAGAGUUCUACCUGAAACCAGAAAGGGUUAUCCUAUGGGGAAAGCAGCAGAACCCUUUUGGAACCCUUUUUUCUAAGUGUGUAUGGUAGAUUUAGGGUCCCUCAGAAAGCAAAGAAGUUCCUUUAUAGCUCAUUUAACAAUCUACACCUGUGGAUUUUUGGCGUGUCCGUAGGGUGCGUGGGGAGCAGAAUUUAUAGAGGGCAAAAGAGUUUGGAGAUGAAUUUCUUAAUGACACAUGGAAACAACAUGAUUGGUUGUUGAUUAGAACAAAAGGAUCAAUAAUGUAUUUUAUGUCCUGGCGUUAAAUUAUUUAAGACCAUGUGACUGAUGAUACCAAUGUGUUAAUGGCACGUCUGUUAGAGAAAUCAGCGAGAGUCAAGUGGGGUAUAGGUUUCACAGCAGAGCUAUGGAGAAUCCCUCAGUGCAGUAACAGAGAUGUAGCCACAGGACAGGACAGGGGAACAGCGCUCACUAUAGUACCUCCAUAGCAGGGCCCCUGGGCAGCAAAGUCGGAGGGUCUUAGUAUUAAUCUGACUUUAGGAUUGUAAAAUGUUUUGUCAUCCUUUUAAAAUAGAAUGUUAAAACCAGAUCAAAAACUCUGGCAUCGGGUUACCAUUAAAGUGGGGAGGCAGAGAGGCGGAGAAUGUACCUUCCUCUUUACCCUCCCUGUCUCUCUCCCAUAAACCCGAAAGGAGCGAGAACCUCAGCUGCCAUGUAUGCACCAUAACUCCUCACCAUCCAUCUAUCCACAUCAUGAUACCUGUUAUCACUCUCAAGUCAGUCAGCUAGUAAAGGAACCACCCUAUUAAUUCUUAAUCUAAAUAAAGUUAUAAUCUAAAUAAAGAUAUGCCUGCAAAUUGAGUUAAUAUUUGUCGUUUGAAGUCCUGUAAUUACAUAUUUUGCUCCUCCCAGCAGACUUCUCUAUUCAUUGAGAUUUAAAGUGCCUGUGGUUGUCAACUGUGACCCUUGAUGUGGUUUCGGAAGCUUUUAGUGUCACGUGACAGCUGAGAUUCAAGAGCAUCAGCACUAUGUAUUGUCUUUGUUUCUAGCCAUUAUCCAGGUGGGAGAAUUCUUUAAAAAUGUCGGUAUUUCGUUUAUUUAACUUGGCAUUUCAGAGAUCAGUAGAGAAAAUGCCUCGAGAGCGUGUAGCUCUCAUUGUGGCUGGUAUUUUUUAAAUAGAUCUCCAGCUGAGUCUGAGAGAAAGGCUUGCCAGUAUCAACCAAAUACAUUCCUGGAACCAUUCAUGAAUAAUAUAAAGUAGGUUUAGAGAAAUAUGUCAAAAGAGACUGAUUUCGUUUGAGAUUGAUUUCGCAUGAGAGUUUUAAUAUUGAAUGACGGAGUGCUUUACUUCCAAUCCUAUGCUAUCUAGAGCCCGCCAGCCACAUGUCACCCGCCAGCUGGAGCAUGUCUGGCCGGUUUGACAUGACCAUAAUGGCGUAUUCCCUUGCAGACCUGAGUCAGUGAUAUGUACAGAAGAGCUAUAACAUAUUCAUACAUUUUAAGUUGAUACCAAUAAUGGAUUCCCUUUUCCAUGACCAGUUUGCUCCAUUCCAGGGUCUGUAGUGCAGUAUCUUGGUUAGAGGCCGGAUAGGAACAUUGAGUUAACAUACACAGUACAUUUACUGUACCCGAUGCUUAGAAUUACAGAACACUCAUAACUAUAACAUGUCAACUCAAGCACCUGUUGGAGGCCUCUAAACGGCACACUGGCAUGCCUCUGAUGGUAAGUACUAUGAAUGGCCCUGACUGCUAUGCAGUGGGACAGUACUGGAAGCGACCGGGAGACCCAUGGGGCGGCGCAGAAUUGGCCCAGCGUCGUCCAGGGUAGGGGAGGGAAUGGCCGGCAGGGAUGUAGCUCAGUUGGUAGAGCAUGGCGUUUGCAACGCCAGGGUUGUGGGUUCAAUUCCCACAGGGGGCCAGUAUGAAAAAAUAAAAAUAAAAUAAUGUAUGCACUCACUAACUGUAUGUCGCUCUGGAUAAGAGCGUCUGCUAAAUGACUAAAAUGUAAAUGUAAGUUCUGUGUUAGUUCAGGGUUGAAAAGCAAACAAUAUUGUCAAACUUUGAUACCUUGGUUAAAGAUGAGAGGGGUCUUUGUCAUUAGAUAAUUAGGUUGAUGUGCUUUUGAACUCUGAAUUCAUCACCAUCCACAGACUAACAUUCUCUUCCGUUUUUUUUUCUCACGUGCAGAAAUUGGCGGCUCGACUUCCCAAAACACGAGAGGCCAGAGAAGCGCCCCAUAGCUGUGUCUGUCCACCAGGUAUGCCUCUGUCCCGCCCACCUCUCAUCUCUGACCCCUCACCCUUGACUGAUUCUAGCACACCUCUGCAGCUGUGCUCAGGCUUAAUCAAGGGUUUUAUCCACCGCGACUAA